AUGCCUAACCUCGUGCCAUGGUUUCUUGGAAUAUCGUCGCUAAUGUGCCUGCUAUUCUUCUUAACGGCAACAUCCGACAUCUCUCAUAGCCUAUCACCACAAGGAUGUCGAAUGUCAUGGAUGUCGCCAUCCUAUGUCCUGCAAGGUGGUCUUGACUCAACUUGGACCCCUUUGGCGCGUAGAUAUUCUCUUUGGCUAUACAGAGAAGUAGGUUGGGAUUACGUCCAGGAAACUGGGCAAAGACGAGACAGUUUACCUGUGCUCUUCAUCCCAGGCAACGCUGGCUCAUCUCACCAAGUCCGCUCAAUAGCGUCUUCUGCAACGCGGCAAUACUUUUCAUCUCCUUAUAUCAUAUCCCAUGAGUUCGAUGCACGUUCCUUGAAGCCGUUGGACUUCUUCGCCGUGGAAUUUAACGAGGACCUGUCGGCGUUCCAUGGCUCGACGCUCGAUUCUCAAAUUGCGUAUACUUCGAGGGCUGUUUCCUAUAUCCUCUCGCUAUAUCCAAAAGGCACAAAAAUUAUCGUUAUGGGUCAUUCGAUGGGAGGUGUUGUCGCGACCUCAUUGCUUCCUGACCCGAAUAUAUCGACUAUCAUCACCAUGUCCACUCCUCACACCUUACCGCCUGCGCGCUUCGACUCUCGAAUCGACAAAUUAUACAAUAACGUGCGCCUGACGUUGGAGAAUGACACGACGCCCGUAGUCUCCAUUUGCGGCGGUGCAACAGACAUGAUGAUCACCUCCGAGUCUUGCAUCUUACCAGAGCCGGAGAAAGAUGUCUUCCGGAGAACAGUCUUCACCUCCGCGUUGGAAGGAGCAUGGACAGGUGUGGGACAUCGGGAGAUGGUUUGGUGCCAUCAAGUUCGAUGGAGGGUCGCCCGCGCCGCACUUGAACUCGGAGCGGCGAACACGGAAAAGUCGCGAUCAGUAAUCCUGGAUAAAUGGCUCAGGGAUGGACAUUCACUUCCUCCUGUGGUGUCGAACGGAAAUGACCAUUUGGACGCGUCUGACCUGGCGGAUUCGCAUCUCGUUUUGCCUGGUCAAACUCUGGUCGUGAAGAAUCCACGCGGCGGCAGUAUCCACCGUUUACCCGUUCCAAGUGACUCUGCGACCUCCCAAAAACGCAGACUAAGGGUUUUGGUGUCGCAAGGCUCUAUUCAAGAUGUCUCGCCACAGCACCCUGUAUCACUGCGGGUUUCUGUCUUAACUUGCACAGAAACUUCCACUUCAGGAGCUAAAUGCACUCUGCUUAGCCCUGAUACGCUGAAACUUAUCCCUAAUCCCAUGCCUGGUCGAAGUUUUCCUGUUCCUAAAGAAGGUUCUGAUGAAUCCGAAGGGGUGGUGCUAUUCGAGAGCAGUGUCCCGGUGAAAGAUUCUGGUCCUGAUGGGCAGUGGGUUGGUAUCAGGAUUGAGAAUGGAGACGAUCAAGGAUGGGUUGUCGCUGGUAUUGAGGACGAUACACCUGUCGUCUCUUCUGCGAGCACUUUCUCUUUGAUGUUCUGGAGUGCAUCUGUUAACGUGCCUCCUAAAGAAACUUUGGGUUCUUCUUUUACGUUUCCCAGCUUACUGUCAAACGCCUUGGUGGUAUAUCGUGUGGUUGCGAAGAAGAGCCCUUUGUCCAGCUGCUCAGACGCAUUGCUUCCUCCUUUGAUCGUCCACACAUCCCAUCCUGCCGAAACACAUUCCUAUCCUCUAAUUUCUGGUCCUGACCGUCGGAUUUUGCUGCACACCCAUUCAGAUGCUCCAUUUAUUGACCGAAGGACAGCCCAUGGCUCAUCGCUUGCCUUCAGGAUAUAUUCGUCUGGAGAACAGGGAUGCAGGAAGGAGCUCUCCAAGUUGGUUCUCACCAUCGAUUGGACGGCGACAGUUGGGCGCUGGGUGUCAAGGUAUUUGCAUACAGUGGUGGGCUGGGCAGCCGGUGUCGCCUCCUUGGUCAUAUUUUGGACUUGGCGUCAAGAUGAGAAAACCUCUUCCACCCCCAGUGUUGGGCAAUCUCUUGCCUCUUACUGCCCCCUGUUGUUUCGCUAUCUACUUCCGGGUUCCUUCGCCCUCUCCUUCCUCCCCCUCCCACCGUCACUUUACAUUGGAAACAAAGGGGUCCCUUUUUUCUCCGGAAUUGCGCCUCUAAUUUUGUUUGUUGCCAGCGGCUUGGUUUGUGUGAGCUGGUGGAUUCUACUAUUGCUCCUGACUAUUGUUGGGAAGACAAGUACAAUCAUUUUUGGCAGCCGAGUCGAAAAAAACAGUGUUCACAGGGGAACUCUUUUAUCCCUCUUCGUGAUCUGCCUUGCGAUCUUCCUCUUUGUUCCUUGGCAAGUUGCUUACCUCGGAUGCUGGCUACUACAUCUCUAUACCUGCGCAUCGGCGAUGCAACGUCUGGAGCCCACUCGUUUAGAUGACGCGGUUCCACUCGUUCGACGACAGAGGAGGGAGAGUAGUGAAUCCUUUGAAGCAACCUCCCCUGCCUCUGCCGAACGAGCCACCUCGAGCCUGAAAGAUAUUAAGCAAAACAAUCUCAACCACAGCCUACAUUUAUUACUACUGAUGACGUGGUUGUUGCCAUUGACAGCGCCCGUGCUGGCGGUGUGGGUGCGCACGUUAUUAACGGCAGGAUUCACAACACCGUUUGAUGGAGAUCAUAACUUCAUUGCCGUCCUCCCUUUCCUUGUUCUCGUCGAUUUCGCCUCGUGGACGCCCGGACGAUUGUUUGAAAGGACCAGCUUCGAAAACAGACUCUCUUUGAGAUGGCUAUUUGCGGCCACUGCCGGAACAGCCUUCUUGUAUGGCUCGCGGAGACCUUACUUGAUCCUUGACGUCGCAAGGGUUACUGCGUGGGCGAUUGUCGUUUGCAGGAUUGGCAGGCGUUACUGGGGCGGUCGGCCAUGGCCCGGUGCUACUACUCAUUAA